UGAGGUAGAAGAUAAAUUAGUUAUCAAAAUCGACCAAGAUGAUGAUCAUGCUCCCAAAUUUUCUGUUGCAGAUGAUAUUUUAGAAAGUGUGAUUGACAUAGAUGCUUCACAAGAAGAUAUGAAAACAACUGAUGUUAAGACGCAAGAAGUAUUCUUUCGAAUCUGCCUAUCUUUUAUAAGAGCUUUGUAUCGAAUUUUUGAUUGUAGCUGGAAGGAUAUUCUCAAUGGUUUAGUAAUCGCUACAUCAUCGGACUCUAGCAAGUAUAGCUACCAUAUUGUAUACGCACCAGCUCUUCUUAUUGAUCAUCAUGAACUCAAAGCAUUUACUGAAUUAGUAUAUACUAUAACUGGGGAAAAAUUCAGCAAGUUUAUUAAUCAGAAAUUAUCUGAUAAUGGCUGGAAUGGACUCGAUCAUAUUAGGAUUCAACUGCCUCCUAGUUUGGGACUUGAA